UUUACUACUUUAGUGCAUUAUUCCUCUCAACAAGUUCCAGCUCAAUUGCAACCCCAUCUUCAAACACCAAAACUUACCUUCAAUAUCAAGAUCUAGUCAUGGGUAUACGUUUGCCAUCUAUUAUUUCCAAUGUGAAGCAAUUCCAAAAACUGCAUUCUGUUAUUAAGAGAAAUCAAAUAUCAGAUGUACCAAAAGGACAUUUUGCAGUUUACGUGGGAGAAACAGAGAAGAAGCGAUACGUGAUUCCAAUUGCAUGCUUAAAUCAUCCUUCGUUUCAAGACUUGUUGCAAAAAGCAGAGGAAGAGUUCGGGUUUCAACAUCCAAUGGGCGGUCUCACAAUCCCCUGCAAUGAGGAUGCAUUUUUUCAUGUCACUUCUGGAUUGAACGCUUCUUUACAAAAUGAAGAAACAAUUAAGAUGCAGCGUUAGUGACAGAUUAUAUUAGAGCUUAAUUAGUGCUUUCUCUUUCGUUCAUUUUUUCCUCUUGCAAUGCAAGAGCUGUAAAUUUAUGUGCAUAGCCUUUUCACUGGUGGCUCAUAAUGUUGAGAGAAUUGGAAAGGAAAGUAUACAAUCAAUUUUUCACA